AUGAAGCUAUUAGCCUUUGGAUCCAAUGGGUCUGGCCAACUGGGCAUCGGCCACACCGACGACGUUUCCCAGCCCACGCCGUGUCUGUUUCUGGAUUCCAGCGAAGACCGGCAGAGCAGACCGGCAGAAUCAAGGACAGAAGAGACCGAAAUAGUAAAGAAAAAUCUCCUUGCUCAAAAUGCAAGCCCCGACCUCUUGGAUGAAAUCGUCCACAUCGCCACUGGCGGUAACCACACUCUGGUCCUCACUGCGCGCGGACACGUCUAUGCUGCGGGGUGCAAUUUGGACGGGCGAUGUGGACCAGAUUAUGAUUAUUACAACAGCAAUGAUGAGAACUCGACCUCUGCCUAUUCUUCAUCUGAAAAGAAUCUUCUGAACUUCCGGCGGGUCGUCCUAACGGACCCCGUUACGGGGACUGCCGUGCGCACGUUCAAGCAUGUUGCCGCGACGUGGGAGGGGUCGAUUCUGGUAUCGCGCAGACCUGUCAAUGCACCAGAAUCAAGUCCACGCUCAGAAAAUGCACCCAACUCCCAAGAUACAGUCUAUGUCCUGGGCUCCACCCCCAAAGGCGAGCUCGGGCUGGGUUCUGGUGAUACCCAAGCACCUACAUCUACACCGACACCUGCAUCUGCAUCUAUCCCAGCCUUCCCACCGCAUGGUACAUCUAUUGUGGGGUUAGCCAGCGGCAUGGGCCAUGCAGUUGCCAUUCUUUGCACCGGCGAGGUCUAUGGCUGGGGCGCGGCGCGGAAGGGCCAGCUCGGCGACGGCAAUAAGCCAGCUAAGAUUCUGUGGACUCCGACCAGAGUUGAUGGGAUCCCAUUUCGUGCGUCUGGUGCAUCAUGUGGGCGCGAGUUUACGGUUGUAUUCGGGGACUGCAAGAGAGGGGAGUUUGUUGUGUUGGGAGAUCGGGGGAACCGGUGGGGGGUUCUGGAUGGACCUCUGCAUUUUUCUUCGGUGGGAGACACGCCGAUGACUGCAAAUUUAAGUGCAGAAGAAAACAAAGGCUCUGAAAGCUAUUUGCAGCAGAGUGUGGAAGGUCGCGGCAACCCUUACACGUCUCUCAGCACAAGCUGGAACGGGGUGUAUGUACAUACUGCCCCGAACCAAGCCUUUUCCUCGCUCCCCUCGACCUCGACAUCAACACACCUUCCUCCUCAUACUUCUCCUCUUCCUUCUGCUUCUUCUGAAAAGUCUGAUGCUGGCUUGCUUAUUGCCUGGGGCCGCAAUGACCGCGGCCAACUGCCCCCUCCAAACCUCCCAACCCCAAUCAAGCUCGCCGUCGGCAGCGAGCAUGCCCUCGCGCUCCUGGGCGACGGCCAAGUCGCUGCGUUCGGGUGGGGCGAGCAUGGGAACUGUGGGCCUGAUACUGAUGUUCGGGGCAAUGUGGCGGGCACUUAUAAUGUGGUUGCGCUUCCGGGAGGUGUGUGUGUUGGGGGUGCGAGGGUGGUUGGGGUUGGGGCUGGGUGUGCCACUAGUUGGGUGAUGGUGACUUGA